ACUGCUGGCACUCAGGACAAGGGAACAGGUUCUCAUAAUGAAGUGGGCAGAAGCUGGGGAAACAAUUGGAAAUCAUCAGAUGCUUCUAAUGGGGACCAAUCGUCUAGGUGGAAACAAUUGACUGCAGCCAAAGAAGUCAAAGGAAACACUGAUCAAGACGGCGGCUGGAACAAGGGACCGAGCUCAAAUGCACAAGCUGGGGGCUGGGGCAACCAGGGUUCAGGUUGGAACAAAGGAACAGGUUCAGGAUUUGGAGGCAGUACCGGAGAGCAACCAAGUGCUGCUGUUGGAGGUCAAUCAUCUGACUGGAAGCAUUCAAGUGCUGCAAGCGGGGCUCAAUCCUCUAGUUGGAAUCAAUCUGGUGAGGCAAAACAAGGAACUGAAGAAGGUGCAAAACCGACUAAUUCAUGGGGCAAAGCAGCAGCAGCAAGCUCUUGGGGGCAAGGGUUCUGAUUGUGGAAGUAGCAAAGGAGGGUGGUGAUCAAAUCACCUCCUCAAAGAAUUAGGGUUUUAAAUUAAAUGGUGUAGAUACUGCUUUGUCUUUUGCAGAGCUAAAAGGAUCUUAACUUAAACCCCCGUAUCUAUUGACAAUGGUUGAAAUUUUGGAUGAACCCCAAUCUUGGCUAAACUAUCCCUUUGUCAACGUUCAAGCUUUUCUUAAAAAAGAUGAUGAUUCCACCAUAUCAAAGGGAUUCCUUCCUAAAAUACAGAAUGGAAUGGUUCAGGCUCCAGAAUAUCUACCAGAAAGAUUCUUGCCUUCGCCUAUGUUAUGAACCACUCAGUGACUGAAACCAACACCUUUGAACAACAUCCACAGGAGAAGAAAGUUGAAAAACUCCUCAAACGACCUGGCAACCUGUUUGCAUUUAGUUCUCAAGAACAGGGGAUUGUAUGUUUAAAUUUAAUUGCAAAUAUCACCAUCCAAAAAAAUCAGACUGCCGUGUCCCCCUCGUGUGCACUGAGUGCCAAGGGCCUUCCUUUGAGAACAGCUCCAGAAUAUCUACCAGAAAAAAGCAUGUCUGCACCUCCACCCUUUGUUAUGAAUCACUCAGUCACUGAGACCAAUUCCUAUGAACAACAUCCACAGCAGAAGUAAGUUGAAGAACUCCCAGAACGAUCUAAUUGCAAAUAUCAAUAUCCAAACAAUCACACUGCAGUGUCCUGAGUGACAAGGGCCUCCCUUUGGGACCAGCUUUAGAAUAUCUUCCAGAAAGAAGCAUGCCUGCCCCCCACCAUAUGUUAUGAACUACUCGGUAACUGAAACUAACGCCUAUGAACAACAUCCACAGCAGAAGCAAGUUGAACAACUCCCAGAACGACCUGGGCAACCUGCUUGCAUUUACUUCUCAAGAACAGGGGAUUGUAAGUUUAUAUCUAAUUGCAAAUAUCACCAUCCAAAAAAUCAGACUGCAUUGUUCCCCUCAUGUGCACUGAGUGACAAAGGCCUCCCUUUGAGACCAGGCUAGAACAUUUGCACACAAUACAGUACCUGUGGCAUUUUCAAUUCUGGGCCAGCUUGUAAAUUUGACCAUCCGUCGUUAUCAACUUCCCUUCUGCUACCCGGCGACUACAAAUGGGGCAGGGAACAUCUGGAAGUAGAAGUAGAACUGAUGCUACAAUCAGUCGCAGUCACUGUAAUAAGUUUUGCAUGAAAACUGAAAUGGAUGCUAGAGCACAGGAUUCGUAUCACCAAGGACAUGCAACUCCUUUUAUGUUAUUUAGUCUUGGAAAUGUAUCAAACUUUUUAUCCCAGCUGCCACAGGCCUUUCAGUUUCAGAUGUGAGAACUUGAUGGAAUGGAUAACUUCCCGAGUAUCUUCAAUUGGCCACUUCUGUAAUGGAUAACUUUUUAGUCCCCCCAAAACCAAAACUACCGCCAACAAGGGAUAGAAAGGGGGUUUUCUUUUAAAUACAAAUUAGGCUUAAGGGAUUUUUUUUUUUUUUUUUUUAAUUUAUAAAAAACUUACUAAGAAGGAUAUCAUACUUUGGUUUUGGGCUUGGUAAAUGGAGUUUGAAUAUUUUUUGGUAAUAGGUUGAUGAAAUUAAGCAACUCAAACAAAUAACACAUAAAGGAGGUUGAUGUUUGUGAUUGAGGGUGAAGGUUCAAGUCCACAAUGUUUUCUGUCGUGAGUUUUUCUUCGCGACGAAGAAAAAUUCACGUUCAAAAGCGAAAGCAGCUUUGAUACCCAAAAAAAGAAAAGGAAAAAGCAGAUGACUUUGAUUGUACCAAUCAAAACACUGGCCCAAUUUCCACAAGCCAAAACUAAAGGGAAGGGAAUCAAACUCGAAUUCAAUGCCGUGGUGAUCAGAUGAGUAAUGAUAUGUGACUGGCACUGCAGGGUGUAAGCAAACCCAGCAACCCAGCUUCCUUCAUCAAAACCACGAUCAGCAGUGAUGUUGACAGCUCCCAUCGGCCUCCCAAAUCCCGACGUUCCGUCAAAUGCUGAACUCUCUGAUCUCGAUCUUGCCAUCCUUGAAGAGAUUCGGAAACUCGAUGCCCUCCUUGAUAAAAUUCGGAAACUCGACCCCGCCCUGCUUGAUAAGAUUCGAAAAUUCGACCCAGACGUCCUUGAUGAGCUUCGGAAAAUCGACCCUGUCCUCCUUGAUGGCCUUCGGAAAAUCCACCCGACCCUCCUUGACGAGCUUCGCAAAGUCGACCCCGCCGUCCUCCAAGAGAUGCAGCUCGAGCCGGCUGAAUGGGAUCCUGCCAUCAUUGGUGGGAUUCGUAAAUUGUAUUUGAAAUUAAGGGAGGAAGAUGAAGAAGUGGCUGAGAGGAGUGCUUGUAGCGGGCGCCAAACUGCAAAAGAAAAUGAAAAUGGAAACCAGAAGACACAGAGCGAAGAGACGGAUGGAGGAGGAGGAGGAGAAAAUAAGAAUGACAAUGGCAGUGAGGUGAUGAAGAUUGGCGAAGAAAGAAGCAGAAGCCAGCAUUAUCCAGUGAGGCCUGAAGCUGGAGAAGGAAAAACAGGAAGGAAAAACAGGAAAAACAGGAAAAACAAUCAGAAUUACUUCAGGUCAGGAGGACAGCAUCCAAAUCUCUACGCUUCCCCAAAUCCAGGUAAUGACGACGUGCUUUCCCCAAAUCCUGGUAAAGUCGACACGGUCCUGCAGGUCGACCCUGCUGAAUUGGAUCCUGCCAUCAUUGAUGCAAUUUCUAAAUUUUCUUUGAAAGGAAAGGAGGAAGGUGAACAAGAGGUCGAGGUUAGUUGUAGUAGGCCAGAAACUGAAAUCAGAAACAAAAAUGGAAACAAGAGACAGAGUGAAGAGAGGGAUGGAGGAGGAGGAGUAGAAAAUAAGAAUGAGAAUGGUGGUCAGGUGGAGAAGAAGGUUGAUGAUGAAAGAAGUAGAAGACAUCAUUACCCAGUGAGGCCUCCUGGAGCUGGAGACUCUUCGCAUAAUCUAAAGACUGGGACUCAUAAGUUUGGGUCCAAUUGCAAGUUUAACCGCACUCGUGGAAGCAAAAACAAUCAGGUGUCUAAGGACAAGAUGAAGGAAAGGGAAGGGUUGGCAGAGAAGCCAGGCCAGACAGAAUGCAAGAAUUACUUCAGGUCAGGAGGACAAUGUCAAAAUCGCUACGCUCCCCAAAAUCCCGGUGACAACGACUCAUUUUCCCCAAAUUCCGACGUUCCCCCAAAUCCCGGUAAUGACGGCGUCCUUCCCCAAAAUCCAGGUAAAGACGACAUCCUUCCCCCAAAUCACGGUGACACUGACUGCGAUCUUGCCACCCUUAGGGAGAUUCUGAGACAUAAGACUGCCCUCCUUGGUAUUAUUCGGAAACUUGAUGCUGGCCUCUUUGGUGAUAUUCAAAAAAUCGACCCCGCCGUCCUCCGUGAGAUGCAGGCCGACCCUGCUGAAUGGGAUCCUGCCAUCAUUGAUGCAAUUUGUAAAUUGUCUUUGGAAGAAAAGGAUGAAAGUGAAGAAGAGGUCGAGGUUAGUUGUGGUGGGCCAGAAACUGAAAUCAGAAACGAGAAUAGAUACAAGACACAGAGCGAAGAGAGGGAUGGAGGAGGAGGAGAAAAUAAGAAUGAGAAUGGUGGUGAGGUGCAGAAGAAGGUUGAUGAAGAAAGAAGCAGAAGACAUCAUUAUCCAGUGAGGCCUCCUGGGGCUGGAGACUCUUUGCAUAACCUAAAGACUGGGACUCAUCAGUUUGGAUCCAAUUGCAAGUUUAACCUCACUCGUAGAAGCAAAAACAAUCAGGUUUCAAAGAACAAGAUGAAGGAAAGGGAAGGGUUGGCAGAGAAGCCAGGCAAGACAGAAUGCAAGGUUUCAAAGAACAAGAUGAAGGAAAGGGAAGGGUUGGCAGAGAAGCCAGGCAAGACAGAAUGCAAGGUUUCAAAGAACAAGAUGAAGGAAAGGGAAGGGUUGGCAGAGAAGCCAGGCAAGACAGAAUUCAAGAAUUCCUUCAGGUCAGGAGGACGACAUCCAAAUCUCUACACUACCCCAAAUCCCGGUAACGACGACGUCCUUCCCCCAAAUUCCAACAUUCCCUCAAAUCUUGGUAACGACGACGUCUUUCCCCAAAAUCCCGGUGACCCUGACCGUGAAAAUGGAAAUGGAAACGAGACACAGAGCGAAGAGAGGGAUAAGGAAAGAAGCAGAAUUCAUCAUUACCCGGUGAGGUUUGAAGCUGGAGACUGUUGGUCUUAUCUAAAGACUGGGACAUGUAAUUUUGGGCCCAGUUGCAAGUUUAAUCACCCUCAUAGAAGGAAAAACGAUCAGAAUUAUUUCAGAUCAGGAGGAUGUAAACCCGGAAAGGCUUUUUCUUUCAACCCCAGAAGAGGGGAACCUUCUGUGGCUCCAGUUCAAGAACUUAACUUUAUGGACCUGCCAAUUUGUCCGGGGGAGAAAGAAUGUCCUUACUAUAUGAAAAAUGGCUCCUGCAAGUCUGGAACUAACUGCACGUUUAAUCACCCUGAUCCUACCGCUAUAGGAGAAUCUGGCCCCCCAUCCGGAUACAUUGAUGGUGGACCUGCAUCAGUACAAGGUGCAUCGUCAGCAACAGCAUGGGAUUCCCUUUGUGUGCCAAUGAUUCCGCCAUCUCAAGGGAUUUCUUGCCAAAAUACAGAAUGGAAUGCUUCUCAGGAUCCAGAAUAUCUACCAGAGAGAAGCAUACCUGCACCUCCACCAUAUGUUAUGAACAAGGCCGUGACUGAAACCAACAUCUAUGAACAAAAUCCACAGCAGAAGCAAGUUGAAGAAUUCCCAGAACGACCUGGGCAACCUAUUUGCAUUUACUUCUUAAGAAAAGGGGAUUGCAAGAAUAGAUCUAAUUGCAAAUAUCACCAUCCAAAAAAUCAGACUGCAGUGCCCCCCUCAUGUGCACUGAGUGACAAGGGCCUCCCUUUGAGACCACAGCAGCAAGUUGAAGAGCUCCCACAACGACCUGGGCAACCUGUUUGCAUUUACUUCUCAACAACAGGGGAUUGUAAGUUUAAAUCUAAUUGCAAAUAUCACCCUCCCAAAAAUCAGACUGCAGUGUCCCCCUCAUGUGCACUGAAUGACAAGGGCCUGCCUUUGAGACCAGGUCAGAACAUCUGCACACAAUACAGUACCUAUGGCAUUUGCAAUUCUGGGCCAGCUUGUAAAUUUGACCAUCCGUCAUUAUGAACUUCCCUUCUGUGACUCAAUGACUACAAAUGGGGCACGAACAUCUGGGAGUAGAAGUAGAACUGAUGCUACAAUCAACCGCAUCCUCUGUAAUAAGUUUUGCAUGAAAUGGCUGUUAUAGCACAGAAUUCGCACCACCAAGGAUAUGUGAUCUCUAUUUCUUAUUUAGUCUUAGAAAUGUAUUGUACUUUUUCUCCCAGCUGCCACAAGCCUCAGUUUCGGGUGUGAGAACUUAAUGGAAACAGGACAUGUAAAUAAUUUUGUAGUUAUGUCAUUUUACCAGAAAAUCCAAGUUUAAUUCAGAAUGCCCUCAGAAAUUUAUGGCCACGGUCUCUUACGAGUAUCUUCAAUAGGUCACUUCUGUAAUGCACUGCCAAUAAGGGAGAGGGGGGUUUUUCUUUUAACCAGUGGGCGAUGGGGAUUCACUCUGUUCCUCCUGAAAUGAAUUAGCUUCAGGGCUUGGUAGGAGCUGAUGAGAUUCAUACAAGGUCCUGCUGCAACCAUAUAUAUUUCUAGUGCAAUUUUCCACAGAACUAAGCAGUGAAGUCCAGGUACAAUAGUAAUAUAUUUUACUCUUAUUAGUAAUAGAGUGAUAUUGUUGUGCCCAAGUAUUAAACUGAGAACGACAAAUUUCUGUAUAUAUAUAUUACAAAUUUUUAAGUUU